AUGGGUAACUCGCAGAAAAAGAGCUAUAACUUGGACCAGGACGUCCCGAGAGCGCCAGAGGGAGUUCAGAAAAGGGGCGAUGCCUUUAGGAAUGAGCCUAUCGAGAUCAAAGGGGAAGAAGAAGAUGGGAAACUGAGAAACAUCGUUGACGCACAUUUGAGAGCCAACGCGGGAGUUGAAGGCGAUUCAUCGGGAGAAAAAGGUGACCAGUGA